AUGACUAUGUCUGCAGCAUUAGUGACUAUUUCAUGUGGGAGAGCGACAGAGGGAGCAGUGGCAGCAGCAGUUUGGGAUGCUUCAGUGUGUUGGGACAUUUUUGUGGAAGUGGGGUACUGGUGUGAGAGCAGUGCAGUCAAAUCGCUGAAUAUCAUGGAGCAAAAGUCAGUAAGGUGGAGGCCAGGCAAUCUGGACACUCAAUUCAUCUCCCCACAUAAUAAACCAUGGGUAUUGCCAGGUGCUGACAAUACAGAUAUGGUCAUAGAUGAACCAGAAUUUCUACCAUUUGGCACAGCCACAAAUGCCACUGCUUUGGGCCAUCAGCUAGGAUCACCAUCAUCCUCCAUGCUGCCAAAUGCUGGCCCUUCCCUGCCAUUGCUCAGCAUGCUUGUGCCAUCUUGGGACUCACCACCACUUUCACCAGAGUUGCAGCCAUCUGCUGCUGAUCAACAAUGGGAGGUGCAGCAAGCAAGUCAUUCCAUGCCAUCCUUGGCCACCAUUGCGCCUAGCUGGGAUUUGCCAACAUCUUCCCUGGCAGUCUCACCCCCACCUAGAUCAUUGCUGGCAUCUGCACAAAUUCCACAAACUGUGCCAUCUCCCAUGGUUCAUGCAUAUAUGGAUGAGCAGUUAGAUGGUGUGGCAGCCUCUGAGCCACAGCCCAUCCUGGCUAUAUCAUGGCAACCAUCCCCCCAGCCUACAGCCACCAAUGCUGCUGCUGUGACUUGGGUAUACAAGGACUUCAUGAUGAAGGGCCAAUUACAACAUCAGUGGAAAAAGCACAGCAGCUUGUGGUUCUUCUUGCAGGACCAACUGAUGAGCACCUGCCCUGUCUUAACACCACUACCAAUGGGCCAAUCAUUGUGGCCUACAACCACUACAGCAAUAUAUUGGUGGAAUCAAGCAUCCGGUUUCACCUGUUGCUUGCAAGGAGAGUGCAGCUAG